AUGAGCGUGAAGGACCGCUUCCCGGUCGCGGGAUUGACGGAGCAUCCUGUAAGGGGGGCGGCGAUCAUCGCGAGGAGUGUGCAAGUGAGCAAAGCUUUGAAUAAACGGUUCAUCUGGAAUCUCCGUGGCAUCUGCGAGUGGGUGACUGUCGAAGUCUACACUCAUUGUGUCAUGACGGAAGUGCAAACACAACCCGAUGAAGCCGUGAUUCGUGCGUGGGAGGACGCUGAGCUGUCUGAUCUGCACGAGAACGAGCAAAAAAGCGUCAAAGUGCGUGCGAUGUUUAACGCGAUCGCUCGCUCGUAUGACCUGAAUAAUCGCGUCCAUUCCAUGUGGCGCGAUGAAGCGUGGCGCAAGCAUGCAGUAAAACGCGCGGGAGUCAAUGCUGGAGAUCGCGUGCUCGAUGUCGCGUGCGGGACUGGGGAUCUGACGCAAGCAUUCGCGAAACGCUCUCGAGCACGCGAGGUCAUCGGGGUGGACUUCACGGAGGGGAUGCUCGAAAUCGCGGGACAUAAGAAGGAUCGAUUGCAUCGAGAACUCGGGAAUCGAUUGUCCUACGAACAAGGCGAUGCUAUGGGCCUGCGAUUCGACGAUCAGUCGUUUGAUGUGGUGUCGAUCGCGUUCGGGAUUCGGAAUGUGCAAGAGCCUAGCAAAGCGAUCGGGGAGUUUUAUCGCGUGCUCAAGCCGGGCGGACGACUGGUGAUCUUGGAGUUUGAUCAGCCGAGCAAUCCGCUGGUGCGUUGGUUCAAUGGGGUGUACUGCGGGACGAUCAUGCCUCGCACGGCGACUUGGAUCGCUCGGGAUACCUCAGGCGCGUACAAGUAUCUGCCUCGAUCAGUGACCAGUUUCAUGACUCGAUCGGAGAUGAUGGACGCGAUGGGGGACGCCGGGCGGAAGGGAAUCACAUCGACGAGGAAGUUUGAAAUGAGUGUCCAUGUACUGAGCGAGCGUCUGUUCGAAGCAUUGGUCGAAGGGAACCGGUCCUUGGCUCGUUCCAUCGUGAAUGAACAACUCAACGAGGGAGUGUCUCCCGAGUUGAUGCUGACCGAUCUGUUCUGGCCGACCUAUGAGAUGAUCGACAAGCUUCAUCGUGAAGACCAGAUCUCAUCGCUCGCGUACAACCUCUCGACACGAUUGUUCCGCGUGCUCGUGGAUCAGACCUCGCGAGCACUCAUCGCUGGAUCGAACGCUGAGCCGGUUGGUCGGAAUGUCUUUGCAUGCUGCGGCACUUGUGAGGGAUCUGAGCUUGGUGCCCAGAUGGCCGUGGACCUGCUGGAAGCUGCGGGCUUUGGUGUCCGCUUCGCUGGUGGCGGCGUCCCGAUGGACGAGGUGCGCCAGACAGUGCAAGAAUCCAGUCCAGAUGUCCUGCUGAUGUUCUGUUCAAAUCCUGCGGAUCUGCCUGACAUCCGCGAGACAAUCGACGCGCUCCACGAGAUCGGCGCCUGUCCAAAUACGCAGAUCGUCGUGGGUGGUGGGGUGUUCAAUCGUGCGGAAGGACUCGCGGAAGAGAUCGGUGCCGACCUUUGGGCAUCGCAUCCGCUCGAGCUGGUCGAUGCGAUGAUCGACGAUGCGGACAUCCGCGCGACUCCUGAACAGCGGACUGUGGGACGCACUCGCAAGACCCCGAUCUCCAAGGCUGCGUAA